CUCCAACACUCAAAGCAGCUUAAACCCCAAAGAAAACCCUAAACCCUCAAAAGUUGAUGGCUUCAUCAAUUUUCUACACAAUCUUGAGAAGAGCAUACCACACAAGAAGCAGGGAUGUCAAUAGACACAACCUUUUCAGAAGAAUAAGCCCUCUUGGGGACCCUGACAACAAUGUCGCAUCAGUUCUUGACCAGUGGGUGGAAGAAGGCGGGAAGGUCAAGGAGCUUGAGCUCCAGCGCAUUAUCCGCGAUCUUCGUUCGCGCAAGCGUUUUACCCAUGCCCUGCAGGUUUCUGAGUGGAUGAAUAGCAAGGGACACUUCUCAUUCUCACCAGCUGAACAUGCUGUGCACUUGGAUCUGAUUGGUAAAACUCGUGGGCUGGAGUCUGCAGAGAGCUACUUCAAUAACUUGGCAGACCAAGACAAAACUGAAAAAACCUAUGGGGCUCUUCUAAAUUGUUAUGUCAGAGAAGGCCUGGUAGACAAGUCCCUCUUCCAUGUGGAGACGAUGAAGGCGUUGGGUUUUGGCUCCACUGCUCUCACCUAUAAUGAUCUCUUGUGCCUCUAUGCUAAUAUUGGGCAGCUCGAGAAAAUUCCUGAUGUUUUUGCAGAGAUGAAAGCUAACGGGGUCAACCCAGAUAACUUUAGCUACAGAGUUUGCAUUAACUCUUAUGGGCAAAGAUCUGAUCUUAAGAGUAUGGAGAUGGUGCUAGAAGAAAUGGAGUCCCAACCUUAUAUAACUAUGGAAUGGAUAACGUAUUCCAUGGUGUCGAAUUUCUACAUAAAAGCAGGCCUCAAGGAGAAAGCUCUUAUCUGCUUAAAGAAAUGUGAAGAGAAAGUAGGCAAAAAUGGACUAGGCUACAAUCAUUUGAUUUCACUUUAUGCAAGUCUUGGAAGUAAAAAUCAGAUUAUGAGAUUGUGGGACCUUUCAAAAUCCAAGCGUAAGAAACAACCAAAAUUGAAUAAGGACUACAUAACCAUUCUGGGAUCUCUGGUGAAGCUUGGGGAACUUGAAGAAGCUGAAAAACUGCUGAUGGAGUGGGAGGUUUCUUGUCAUCGUUAUGAUUUCCGAGUUCCAAAUAUUCUGCUUAUCGCAUAUUGUCAGAAAGGCUUGAUUGAAAAGGCUGAAGCAAUGCUUCGGUGCAUAGUCGGUAAAGGGAAAACUCCAACUCCGGAUAGCUGGUCUAUCGUUGCAGCAGGUUACUUGGGUAAGCCGGAUAUGAAAAAGGCCUUUGAGUGCAUGAAGGAAGCAUUGUCUAUACAGUCUGAAAAUAAAGGAUGGAGGCCUAAACCCACUAUUAUUUCUAGCAUAUUGAGUUGGCUUGGUGAUAAUGGAAGCAUUGAAGAAGUGGAGGCAUUUGCGAGUUCAUUUGAGACUAAGAUGCUGAAAAGUAAGGAAAUGUACCAUGCCCUGAUCAAAGCACAUAUCAGAUUUGGGAAAGAAGUGGAUGGACUGUUGAAGAAAAUGAAAGCCGACGAAAUACCAGAUGAUGAUGAAACAAAAGCAAUCCUUAGCUCGAGACAGCAGAACAACCCGAAUCCGAAUACUGGAGAUGAUGCUUAAACUUGCUGCUAAUGUGAAGCUGUAAAAGUUUCUGGAGCUGUAGUCAACUAGUCAUGCUUCAUAAUCACUUGAUUAAUUUGUGCUCCAUAACGGAAAUCGUGCUCAAAUUAAGCUAUGGUGACUAUCAAAAUGGUCUCUGUUGCAACCUGAGACAAUGAAGAAUCUCUCAUUUUUUCA